AUGGAGGCUGAUGAGCAGCGCUUCCACCAUCUCAGACACAGACAGACAGACAGACAGACAGACAGACAGACAGACAGACAGGCAGGCAGACAGACAGACAGACAGACAGACAGAGGGGUUAACGGAGAUAACUGGGCGAUGAUGAAUGGGCGGGUUAGGGUUAACGCCAGGCCUAUUACUGUAAACACCAGGCUGAGCGGAUGGAUGCAGACCAGAUUGACUUGCCCUUAGCUCCUGUAUGCUUUUCUGUCCCUUAUCGAUGCUUCUGACAACAGACAAGAGUGUCGCUGCCUUUGACUAGAGAGAGGGAUAAUGUGGUGAACCACUAAUGAUAGGGUUAUUUGUGCUUCUCAAUGGAAAUGUUAUGUGGACACUUCACAAUCCACCUGUGUCCUUAACAACAAUUUGUGGUUUCCGCCAGAUAGAAUGUGUGUAUGUGUGAUUGUGUGUGUACUUUUUUUAUUUUUUUAAAAUCAGGGCUUAGUCUUGUGCUGGGAAAAGCUGACAGGAAUGUUUUGAUGUCUGUUUGGAACAUAGUAAUUUGACUUUAAAAUGGGCAGAGGUACAAUUUCAUCACCCGUCUUUAGAUAUUGGAGCGAUGGGUUACAAUCUAAAUUGUGGGGAGAGGUCCUCCAGAGAGGCAUGUACACCACAAUCCAAAUGGGAGGGUGUGGGAUUGAGUUCAAUAUCUUUUACUUCAGGGUGGGACGGAGGAGGGGUUGUGAAUAACGGGCACAUGGCGAGUCCUAACAGAACGCCACGGACUCCAGCGCCUAUAGUGGAAUGUCAGCCCAGCCCUGGGGGGGUGGGGGGGAGACAGCAGCUCCAGCAUGUCCUGACUCACACACUACAUGUGAUAGAGGGGUCUAAUGGGAUUAAUAGCCCCCCCCACCCCCCCCGCCACCACCUCGCUCCGCUAACCCCGACACAUACACCAUCUAACUGCUCCCUCGCUCUCCCCCCUCUGCUGCCGCCGCCCGCCGUAGCCUCUGAACUCAACAGGAACUUUCCAGAACGUUCCAAAUCAAAAGCAUUCAACCACAGUAACAUGGAAAAUUCCACCAGCAGCCAGCCUGAUUGUGACCUCCUUCCUGUGUCAGCGAGCAGUACAGCCAAUGGGCUGUCAGACUGUCUGUUGUUAUGUGAGGACGGGGGUGAAGGGGUGGAGGUAGGGUCAGAAGAAACCUAGUCGGAUGAGGACACAGGGUUGUGAUGGAGUAGAGCUGAUGCUAGGUAGCCACUCGUAUAAAGUACCGCAGGGGAUCUCUAUCCAAGCACUGAUGCUAUGGGUUCCUGCAAUACAUCCACCUAUAUGGGCUUCUGACCCGAUCUCCAGUCAGCUUGGAGGAGAUAUAGAUCAAUAAAUCAGUGUCCUCUGACCUCUGAGCCUAUAAACACCACUACCAACGGAACAAGACAGUGAAGUACAAUCCUCAGGACAAGCCGUCUGUCCAAGCAAGCAGACGUCACGUCUCUAGCCCCACUGAUAAUACCAACCAAUCAACAGAUUGCUAAUGAUCAACCAUAGAUACACACAUGAAUAUAAUCACAUCAAUGUUCAACAACAGAUAACACGACGUCUAGACCAUGGUUCCAUCGGACCAAAGAUGCACCAGACAGGACAACAAGAAGCCAUUCAUUCCCAUUUCAGUUUUAGCAUAGUUACCACCCAAACUCUUCCACUGACAGAAGAACAACAUUUGAAAGAUGCCAUGAUUUUUCUAAAAUGGUGGGCUGCCCUUUGAUGCCGAGGAGAACAGGGUUCUCCUGAGGGUUUGACAGAGAAGUAAAACCAUGUGUGGAGGUCUGAGGCACAGAGCAUUGAUGAUCUAUUAGUGUCAUUUCCAGGGUAAGAAACAUUACAAAAGAAUAAAAGAGAUUGACAAAAAAAAAGAUCUUACCAGCAAAGCCUCAGAUGAAAACAUUACAAACAUGAACUAUUUACAAGAACAUAAAUAUCGUAUAUAUCAUAUAUAAAAUAUUGAUAUAAAAACCAAUAUUCCAUAUAUACUAUAUAUAUUCUAUAUAUAUUCUAUACCCACUAAAAUAUAUCAAAGCAGCAGCUAUUGGUCAGUCGGAGGAACUUUAACUGUUUAAAUAUCCUUCAGCCAUAAUGCGAGGACACAGAAAUAAAACUUAAAAAGAGAUGAGACAAAAAACAAAAGCUAAUAAAUUACAACUAUUCACCAAACACCACAAUAAUCUGUGAAGUUUGGUAUUCUGCAGAAAAAAUAGCCUUUUUUCCUCUAGGAAUAGACAUUUGUUCUAGGAGAGAGUCUGUGCCAUCCCACGGUUCCAAACUGUGUAGUCAUUGUUCAAAGGAAAAGAAUACAAGCAUUGAUACACUUCUCUUUGUUUAUAGGCCACAUAUAAAAAGGCCACUAUCCGAAAAACGUUUUCAUUUGAAAAACAAAACAGGAGAAUGGAGGAGAGACGGGACAGCCUGGGGAGGAGGGGGGAGAGAGAGAGAGAGGAGAGAGAGAGAGAGAGAGAGAGAGAGAGAAAGAAAGAGGUUUGGAUCAUAAGCAGCCUUCUGGUUGUUUAAGCUGUUUUUCUCUCCAUCGACCAGUCCUGGAAACUUGGCAAUAGUGAAAACUAAAUAAAGACAGUAGAAAGUUGUAGUAGAUGAUUCUGGAUAGAUGCUAAAAUGUCUCAACAUGUACCAAAACGUUUGCAUCCUGUGCCGCCAUGCUUGGCAGCUGUGAGGAGGAAAUAUAAUAAAGGUCCUGAGAUCUGGUUUUUUGAAGGGGUUCUGAAAGAGUAAUAAAACUAAAAAAAAAAAAAAAUUAGAAAACGAUAGAACAAAGGGGUUGAAAAGAGGAGGAAAUGUUAGGAAGGGCUGGAUCUGGGCAACGAUAAGAUUCGUCCGUUUUUCUUGCCACCGUUCAUGUGUGUGUAGGGCACGUGCUCCUCGUAGUUGCCCCUCAGGCCCUGACUGGGUCCCUCGUCUCUGGGAAGACUGUCUCUGUCCUCUCUCUCGGAGUAGGACGACGGGUCCAGCGGGAUGCUCUCCAUGUUCUCCAGGUCCAAGUCAAACUCCUCUGUCUCUGGGAGCUUGUUCUCCUCGCUGUAGAAGAAGGACACCUCCUGGAAGCUGGGGUGAAGGUCCUCCUUCAACAUCUCAAUGAUUUCCUGGAAGGUGGGACGCAUCUUGGGGUUGUACUGCCAGCACAUAGACAUCAGGUUGUGGCUGAGCGAGGAGGAGGAGGAGGAGGAGAAAGAUGGAUGAAUGAGAGAGAAUCUAUGGGCUCUAUCCACAAGCAGCUUACCUCUGUUGGUCCCCAUUGAAGCACAACUAGCCCUGGAAUAUCGUAGGCAUAUAGUAGUGUUAACUCAAACUGUUAACCAAAGUCAAAAUAAUAUACAUCAUGUACUUUGUAUGCUUGGUAGUGCGUAUCAAUGUAAAAGACUACAGAUCCCAUGAUCCACUAAAAGUUUAGUGUUUGAGACACUUACAUCCUCUGUUCACAGUUCUCUGGUCUGUCUAGGUAUCCUCCGUCCAUGACGAAUUUGAGGACCUGUUCAUUGGACAGGCCCUGGUACGGCUGCUCUGCCAGGGUACUGACCUCCCACAACACCACGCCAAACGACCUGGGGACAGACAGACAGACAUUAUCUCAUGCCAAAAUAAACAGGAUGUGAAUAAAGAAAUAAAACACUAGUGCCCUGAAAUUCAACUCUGGACCUGGAAACCAGUUCACCUGCUUUAUUUCAUCGUUUUUCAGACUGAUUGAGACCUGGGACACCAGGUGGGUACAAUUAAUUAUCAGGUAGAACAGAAAACCAGCAGUAGUCUGGACCUCGUAGGCCGUAUGGUAGGGGUAAGAUUUGAAUCCCCCUGGACUAGUGUGACAACUGAAUAAAAACAAAGUGGUGACAGAGUUACUAUAGACAUUAUGGGGGUUAGACAGGGGGAGUGGAGAAAGAUGUUCUUCUCUCAGGAGAUUGAAUAGAGUGGAUUAAACAGGUUGAGCAGACAGGCCCUUCUGCCCAAUGAUCUCUUCCUCACCAGCAGUCCGAAUGAGCAGUGAACACUCCGUCCUUGAGCGACUCAGGAGCCAUCCACCUGACAGGAAGCAGACCCUUCCCUCCCUUACGAUAGUAGUCCGUCUCAUAGAUGUCUCUGGUCAUACCAAAGUCUGGAGAAACACAGUCGUAUAUAUAUAUAUAUCAACCACAGGCACACACACGAGAGCCACCUUCGUACAGUACAUCAUUCCAUCACCCAAGGCUCGUACACCAGUCAUGAUGUACUUGUUGAAACUGUACCAUCACAGAGAGAAUCACACGUUUGUUACAGUCUUAAUCUACUGUACCUCCGAUCUUGACAGUGUUGUCCUCAGCCACCAUGCAGUUCCUGGCAGCCAGAUCUCUGUGGACAAACUUCUUGGCGUUGAGGUAGGCCAUGCCGUCUGCUAUCUCCCCUGACAUCUGGAUCAUCUCCUUCAGUGUGGGAGGGGGCUUCCCUGUGGGGUUACUCUCGGAGUCUGGGCGGAGGGCCCGCAGGAAGCUCUUCAGAUCUCCGUGGGUCAUCAGCUCCAUCACCACCAGAGUGGGUUGGCCCUUAGACACCACGCCCAGCAGACGCACCUACAGACAGAGAGAACAGGGAGUUAGUCAUUACACUACAGACACACCUACAGACAGAGAGAACAGGGAGUUAGUCAUUACACUACAGACACCUACAGACGGAGAGAACAGGGAGUUAGUCAUUACACUACAGACACCUACAGACGGAGAGAACAGGGAGUUAGUCAUUACACUACAGACACCUACAGACGGAGAGAACAGGGAGUUAGUCAUUACACUACAGACACCUACAGACAGAGAGAACAGGGAGUUAGUCAUUACACUACAGACACCUACAGACAGAGAGAACAGGGAGUUAGUCAUUACACUACAGACACCUACAGACAGAGAGAACAGGGAGUUAGUCAUUACACUACAGACACCUACAGACAGAGAGAACAGGGAGUUAGUCAUUACACUACAGACACACCUACAGACAGAGCGAACAGGGAGUUAGUCAUUACACUACAGACACUACAGACGGAGGAGAACAGGGAGUUAGUCAUUACACUACAGACACUACAGACAGAGAGAACAGGGAGUUAGUCAUUACACUACAGACACCUACAGACAGAGCGAACAGGGAGUUAGUCAUUACACUACAGACACCUACAGACAGAGAGAACAGGGAGUUAGUCAUUACACUACAGACACCUACAGACAGAGAGAAACAGGGAGUUAGUCAUUACACUACAGACACCUACCAGACAGAGAGAACAGGGAGUUAGUCAUUACACUACAGACACACCUACAGACAGAGAGAACAGGGAGUUAGUCAUUACACUACAGACACCUACAGACAGAGAGAACAGGGAGUUAGUCAUUACACUACAGACACCUACAGACAGAGAGAACAGGGAGUUAGUCAUUACACUACAGACACCUACAGACAGAGAGAACAGGGAGUUAGUCAUUACACUACAGACACCUACAGACGGAGAGAACAGGGAGUUAGUCAUUACACUACAGACACCUACAGACAGAGAGAACAGGGAGUUAGUCAUUACACUACAGACACCUACAGACAGAGAGAACAGGGAGUUAGUCAUUACACUACAGACACCUACAGACAGAGAGAACAGGGAGUUAGUCAUUACACUACAGACACCUACAGACAGAGAGAACAGGGAGAGUUAG